CAUAGGCACCGGGCACUUUAUCUCUGUCCGCAAUUAACUUCAUGUUAUAAAAUGAGCACGGCCUAACGUGUUGUUCAGCAUCUGGGACCUGUGACCUCUGCUGUCCGAUCAGCCGUCACACCGUCACACCCGAGCAAAAUGUCCAACAGCCGCAAUGAAGAGGUCAAAAAUGGAAGUGAGGCUGGGGACAUCAAGCAGGAGUCACCGUCUCCAGAUCAAAACGAGGACCAAAAGGCCCUGAGAGCGUCCCGGCUCCAUGCCCGCAUCUCCAAUCUCGAGCAGCGCGUGGGGGAUAUUGAAGUGCGCGGGUCCGACGAGUCGGAGACGGAAGAGAAUGAAGACGAGAAAGACGUGGACCUGAAGUUCCCGGAAUCCGUCAUCCCCAAGGUCCGCUGGUGUAACUGGCACCAGUUCAAGAACCGAUAUUCCGAAGAGGAGGGAUCGUACGCCAUCGAAGUCCUCAUGGCCCAUCCCGCCUUCCCGCAGGAGGUGUUGAAGGAGUCGCACCGACGCGCCCCUACCGAGGCAAAAAAGGAGUCCAUCUCGGCCCUCAUGAGAGAAAAUAUCACCAGGCGUGAAGGGACGACCUAUUCCGCGAAAGAAUGGAUUGCCAGGGUUCGCAUCCAGUCGCCCGUCGUUCUGCAGGCCCUCAGCAAGAUUUCAAGUCUUCCGAAAGCCUGGGAAUCGAGGCCGCAUACGUUUGCCUCGCCUUUCCGCCACCUCAUGUAUAACCAAGAUAAGAUGAAGAACGAGCUGGCGGUGGUAGAGUCUAUGCAGCAACAGCAACAGCAGCAGCGGCAGCGCAAAUCCGUCUCGCGAUCGACGUCUUCCGCUUCGGCCUACGUGGAGCAGAAGACGACGGAUAGGUCGACCACCUCGUCCGAGUCCAGUUCUGACUCGGGGUCUCAGUCGUCGGCCACAGAACCAGAAAAUGAGAAUGACGCCAACACUGACACCAUAACCCCGAUGACCGCCGACGAAGACGACGACGACGAAAGUGGAAAGAGGGAUGGCACAUGCAGUGACGACAAGGUGGAUGGGAACGAAAAGAAGUCUGAAAAGGAAAAUCAAAAUCAAAAUGAAGAUGAAGAUGAGCACCCCUGGGCUGAACACUAUAGGAAGCCGGGAUCCCUCGAGGAGAUGCGUUGUUAUGUCGACUUCGUCGAGGAGCACCUCAUGCCCCUGUAUCGUCGAUUCGACGACGUGGACCCUACCAAGCCCUACAAGAUUCGCCACAAGGAGCUGUGGAACAUCUUCCGCUUUGGCGAGGUCUUGUAUUACCCUCCUCCCCCCGCCGAUCUUCUCACCAGUCUCAGCAAGGAGACGAGGGAUGAAUUGACGGGUCGUCACAAGCUGUGGAGGGUAUACAAGCUGCUUCCACCUCGCAUUGACUGCGAUGAAGCCGGGGAAUUCCAGGUAGAUACGGACAGUUCCGCGUUGCCAGCCAAUAUGCAGGUCUGGUGCUACUAUAUCGACCAUGAUGGCAAGGACUGGGGCGCCAUGACCGACAUCAUCCGCAUCUACGAGUAUCCUGGAGAGAAAGAUGUCCGGGAGCUGGACAUCUACCCGCUCCGCUUCCAUGCCGACCGAGAAAAAAUUUUGCGCGAGGCCAAGGAGCUCGGGCAGAAGGUGGUCGCGUCGACCGAGCAGAAGCACGUCGCCUACAACGGGUGGACCGUCAUCAAGGACCCCCUUUCCAACCCCUACCAGACGGCUUCGGGAACCGACAUGACCAGCCCGGACCACAUCGAUAGUCAUAUUGUCAUCGACGCCAGGGAAGCCUUCAACGUGUUCCCCAGCUGGGCCCCCACCUUCGAGACCUACUCCGAGUACGGCAUCCAGACGUCGACCGUGACGGACAAGUACGCCGUCCAUACCUGGGCCGACGCCAAGCGGACGACCGCGCUGGGCAAGUUGAGCGAGAUCGUGGUAGACGACGACGACACCGACUCGUUCGAGUACAACGUGAACCUCAAGGGCGACAGGUUCAUCCGACAGUCCGGCAACGACAAGCCCCCGCUGAGCCCGCACGCGACCUUCGAGGGGGACGACUUUGCCCUCCUCCCGCCGCGCGUCUUCGCCUACGCCCUCCGCGAGCGCAAGUUCUUCCCCGUCGACGUGCGCAACGUCCAGCCCGUGGCCGAGCAGCUGGACGCCUUCCAGUACCUCCAGAUCGAGGAGAGCCACCGCCGCAUGAUCACGUCCCUCACCAGCGCGCAUUUCCGCAAAAAGGCCAUCGAGAAGAAGACGGGCCGCAUCGUCACCCAGGACAUCAUCCGGGGCAAAGGCCGCGGCAUCGUCAUCCUCCUGCACGGAUCCCCCGGCAUAGGCAAGACGGCCACCGCCGAGGCCGUCUCGCUCGCCCACAAGAAGCCCCUUUUCCCCAUUACGUGCGGCGACCUCGGGUUCACGCCGCAGAGCGUCGAGUCGUCCCUGGGCGAGAUUUUCCGCCUGGCCCAUCUCUGGGACUGCGUCCUCUUGCUGGACGAGGCAGAUGUCUUCCUUUCCCAGCGGACAAAGGAGGAUCUGCAGCGGAAUGCUCUGGUCUCUGUCUUUCUCCGCAUCCUCGAAUACUACAACGGCAUCCUCUUCCUCACCACCAACCGUCCGGGAACUCUCGACGAAGCCGUCAAAUCUCGGGUACACGUGUCCCUCUACUACAAGCCUCUCGGCGUGCGGGAGACGGAGAACAUCUUCAAAAUGAACAUCGACCGCCUAGAAGAGACCGAGAAGAUCCUCAGCGACGCGGGAGGGGAUCAGCCUCUGUACAUCUUCAAGGACCAGAUCCUCGCCUUCGCUCGGGAGCACUACUGGAGGCACCAACACGGCAUGGGGAGGUGGAACGGCCGGCAGAUCCGCAACGCCUUCCUCAUCGCCGCCUCGCUGGCCCACAACGACGCCGAGGAGCACCCGGGGGCGCAAAAGCAGCUCAAGGCGUCGCAUUUCCAGCUCGUCGAGGACGCCACCCUCAACUUUGACCAGUUCCGGGCCCAGGUCCUCGGUAAAGUGGACGGGGAAAUCGCCCUGGAGAGAGAGGAACGCUUUGAUGGGUUCCAACCGGCGCCGGUUCCUGAGCGGCAGGCGUACUACGGACCCCCUGACCACAUGCAUGCUUCGCGUGGCGCACCGUAUGGCGCUGCCAAUCGACACGAGUACCGCAGGCCGCCGAUGCCGGGACACCAACAAGGAUACCCUUCUCCUCCUCCUCCUUCUCACGCUCACGCUCACGGUGGCGGUGGCGGUGGCAGUGGCGGUGCUGCCACGUCUCCAUACAGCGGCGCGCAUACCCGGUACGGAUCGCAACAGCAGCAGCUCCACGCCCCGUCGUCGUAUAAUCCGCAGACGCCGACGACGAGCCGUGCUGGCCUCACGCCGAGCCCUUCACAUGUCUCCGGUCCGGGCACCGACGCUGCCAGCGCGGAGUACAGGUACGGGUCCUGGGGUCCCCAGGAACACGGGUACGGACAACAAGAGGCUCCGCAUAAUGGGCCAUAUCAACAACAUCCUCCUUACGACCGGGACCCGGCUGCCCCGCGCGGUCCUCCUGGUGCCGAUGGACCGCCUAGCCGGUAUGAUACGCCUUCUCAUGCUCCCACCAGGGCCACCCCACACCCCGGCCCUGAGCAUACACCUGGGCAUAAUAGGUCUGUGAGCCGGGGGCGGGAAUACUUCUCACCUUCCCCUGGCAUGGAGCCAACUCCACCUCAAGGCUAUUAGUUUUACCAGACUGUACCGAGGAAUUACUGCAUGAGCACGUUUAUGAGUUAUGACAUGUUGUCUCUCUGCCCGUGAUUAUGAGAGCGUUCGUUCGUAUAGUCGUAUAGGCAUUGUGUGCCAAAUAGUAUUUGAUUCUCAUGGUGACAGCACGAAAUAU